GUCUUCCCUGUAAUACACAGCAUUGAGAUUGCCUUCAAUGACAACAAGCUCAGUCCGAUGAAGCUGUGACACACCGCCCCAGACAAUGACGGGCCCUCCACCUCCAUAUCGUUCCUGCUCCAGAGUACAGGCCUCAGUGUAAAGCUCAUUUCUUUGACGAUAAGCGCAAAUCUGACCAUCACCCCUAACCAUUUAACCAUUAAAAUAUUUAUAAUUGAUAAUUGAUCAUUCAUAAAACAGGUUUUAAAUAAACAGAUGUUUCAAAGAAACACUACACACGCUCACACACACCAACAAACCAAUUUCUCUUGUGUAGAGAGAUAGAGAGGGACAUAAACAGAUCGGCAGACAGAGACAAAGAUUUCAUUAAAGGUCAAUUACAUUUUCUUUUCAAAUCGUUUUCUUUUUCUUUUACAUUUUUAGUACAGAAAUGAAUACAUAUUACUAUUAUUAACAUUUACUGUGCUAUACUAAACUAUACCACAAAUUUUUUAUUUACCAUUAAACAAUACUACAUUUUAAUUCCCAAUAAAUAUUUAAAUGUUAAAACAAAUUUGUAGGAAAGGCUGUUUAUCAUUCUUUUAUUUUGCCCCUUGAUCACAGUUCUCUCUCUCUGCUUGUAACACCCAUAGCUUGUAACCUGACUCCAACCGUACAGAUUGGCCUCAGACACACACGAACACACACACCCCAAACAAUUAAUUCCUCUUGAGGAGGGAGAGAGAGAGAGAGAGAGAGAUCAUUCAAUGAAGUGGCCUAUUGUAACCCGACACCACCAAAUCCCCGUCUUCAAGCUGUGAGGGCCUCAGACAUUGCCUCUUCCACGCUGGGUCUCCAUGGCCUUCCAGAGAGAGAGAGAGAGAGAGAGAGAGGGAGAGAGAGAUUUCAUUAAAGCUUGUAACCUGACACCAAACAUGCAGCCUGGCCUCAGACACACACAAACACACACAUCCCAAUGAAUCAAUGUCUCUUGUGUAGAGAGAGCGAGAGAAAGAGAGCUGUCAUUCAUUUAUUAAGGGGCCUAUUGUAACCCGUCACCCCCAUCAGUCUCCAAAUCCCCGUCUUCAAGCUGUGAGGGCCUCAGACAUUGCUUCUUCCACUCUGGCUCUCCAUGGCCUUCCAGGUUUUCUUGUAACCUGACUCCAACCGUACAGAUUGGCCUCAGACACACACGAACACACACACCCCAAACAAUUAAUUCCUCUUGAGGAGGGAGAGAGAGAGAGAGAGAGAGAUCAUUCAAUGAAGUGGCCUAUUGUAACCCGACACCACCAAAUCCCCGUCUUCAAGCUGUGAGGGCCUCAGACAUUGCCUCUUCCACGCUGGGUCUCCAUGGCCUUCCAGCUCAUGUGCUUUUCUCCACGAGGAGGGGAUACUUGGUCUGUAACCAUGUUUGAAGUGGAAAUUUCUAUCGGUGUCCAUUUUGAAAGUGCUGAAGUAAGGCCUGUCUCGUCACAGGUCGUUUGCUUGCAAUUGCUUAUACAUAGAGGUUGCAUGUUUGCGAGCAGAAUUGAGAGGAGUGGGAGUUUAUUCGAUCGCCUCCUACUACUCAGAAGGCAGUCCGCCCUCUGGCCUCUCUUCCUCCGCCUCCUCUUCAUGCAGAUCACUGGGGUCGGGGCCUGUUCCCGAGAGAGCCGCAUAUCAUCCACCUCGGGCUCGUGAGAGUCCUGAAAGAAGAAAAAGGAUUCUUCUAGUCCGUGAAGAAUGUAUCUUCUUCAGGAUUGCUCUGUCUUUGGCCAGCUUCUCCAUGAACUCCUGGCAGGGGAGGUUGACGUUUGUCUUCACAAUAAACAUGGCCUUGAUGCAGUUACAGUAUUUUUGAACCUACUGGUGAUCAUCUCCAUCUCUCACUUCAAGCAGCUCCAGACUCCAACCAACCUGCUCAUCCUCUCUCUGGCUGUGGCAGAUCUCCUGGUGGGACUGAUUGUGAUACCAGUAACGACUGUAGCAAUAAUGGAAUCAUGCUGGGGUUUUGGGGAAUAUUUCUGUGUGUUUCAUUUAUAUAUGGCUUUUUUAUGUACUUCUUUAUCUCUGGGCAAUUUGGUCUUGAUAUCUAUUGACCGCUAUGUUGCUGUGUGUGAUCCCUUAUUGUACCACUCUAAAACAACAAUAACAAGAAUGACGUGUUGUAUAUCCAUCACCUGGUGUUGUUGUAUCAUAUACCGUGCUGCUAUUGUAAAAAGCUUUGUAAAUGUACAGGUACCCAGUAGGUGUUUGAAUGAAUGUUUUACUGUUGAAGGGAUAACCUGGGCUAAUAUCGUUGAAAUUGUAAUUACAAUGGUUGUCCCGUGCUCUAUUAUUAUAACACUUUAUUUGAAAAUCUUUGUGGUGGCCAGAUCACAGGCCAGAAAGGUAUUUUCAAAAGAGACCGCCAGAGUGUCUGAUGUUAAAACUGUACAGGCAAAUAAGUCUGAGAGAAAAGCAGCAAAAACUCUGUCCAUUGUUGUUGUCAACUAUUUCAUUUGUUGGAUUCCAUCUCUAUUUGUUUUCUUUUUUUUGUCUUUUUUAAGUGACAAUUUAUCACUUUUCAUCCGUUUUCUGCCACUUGUUAAUUCCUUAAUUAAUCCAAUAAUUUAUGCUUUCUUUUAUCCAUGGUUCAAAGUGACAGCUAAACAUAUUUUAACUCUGAAGGUAAGGCGUUCAUAGUACUAUGUUUUUAUUCCUAAAUUUGACAAACGUAGGUUUGUUAGUAGUUAGUUAGUAUGUUAUAGUAGUUAGUUAUGUUAUAGAAUUGUUGUAAUUUCGUCUUUCAUGUAACAAUACACUGACACUACUUAUCUCAGUGUUGUCAUCAUAGAUACAAGUGGUGUUGAUACAGAAUGUUUUGUCUGGAUUGGAUUGGAAUGACUUGGAGAAGGUAUAAGCUUGUUUUAUAAAAUACAUUGUAGUAAUUUUUGGGUUGUAUUUUCCAAAUAUCAAAGCCUGUUGAUGUCGCAUGGUAUUUAAUGUGGACUACAGGAAGAUUAGCUGAUGCUUUUGCAGUGGAUAAUGGGGAUCCUAAUAAAUACCAAAAUUAUAAAUAGUAUGUAAGUAUUCUAAAAGUUCAUUUCAAGAAUGUCAUGAGUCAUUCUGUGUUGUCUAACAUCACCCUCUAGUGGUGUAAUUUGGACACAACGCCUGCAACAAGUGUAGUGAAGUUGAAAUGAACAAUACUGCAAGAUAUCAGAUAACGUCCAGGUCUAACUAAAUUGUGUAAGUAGUUGAUGGUAAAAUGUAAGAAUAUGCAAUUAUUGGUAACACUUUAUAAUGUU